CGGGGAGUCCCGGGGCCGGAGUGCGGUACCUGAGCGAGGGCGCACCAGAGAGCCCACGUUGGCUGCUGCGGAGCGCGCGGCGCCGAGAGGCGAGAGGCUGCGAAUCGCGUGGCGGACGCCGCGUCCCCUGCUCCGUGCAUCGGCCCCCUUCCCUCCUGUCCCUUCUGUGAGAGGGUUUGGCAGGGCAGCCGGGAGAACACUGAACGGAAAGGAAGAUCCUUGAUGCCCCCCCUUGGCGAGUCGAGCAGCAGCUCUCGGAGAUUUUGAGGGGAAGCGACAGUGCCCAAGGGCGGAGGGGCGAGGAGUUUGUGAGCGAGAAGGGAGUUCGGCGUCGCGGAGAAGAUUGGCAUCCCCGGACUCCUGGUCGCCACAGCCCGGGCCCUUCAGCCGGGUAAACUUCACAGCGGCUGAGCGAGCCCGGGCAGCGUGCGCGGGGAUGCUGCCUGGCAGUCCCCCGAGCUGGUGAGCGGUCCCUCUCCCCCGCCGCUCCGGGUCCCUCUCGGCCACCCAGGGGGCGCGGGAUAGCGCACGUGCGCGGCCAGCGAGGCGGGGAGCGACCCCGCGGGGACCUGCCUGGGGUCCGGGGCGCCGGCUGCAAAGCCACUUGGACUCAACGGGACGCACCUGGCCUGGACCUUGCGUUUCUGGAGGCUAGCGCGGGAGUGCGGUUCCCCGGCCCCCCUGGCCUCCCCUGCAUCCUGGGCCAUCGGGGGCGCCCCAGCGGACCAUGAGAGAUAAGGACUGAGGGCCAGGAAGGGGAAGCGAGCCCGCCGAGAGGUGGCGGGGGCUGUCCACGCCAAGGGCCAUCGCGGCCGCGCUCCGGCCUCGCUCCGCCGCUCCACGCCUCGCGGGGCCCACGAGGCCAGCCCGGCCGGGCAGGGAUGCCGGGGUUGGGACGGAGGGCGCAGUGGCUGUGCUGGUGGUGGGGGCUGCUGUGCAGCUGCUGCGGGCCCCCGGCGCUGGCCACCGGUGGGGGUGCGCUGCUGGGGGCCGGCGGGAGCCCGGGCCACGCGGAGCCGCCGCCGCCGCCGCCCGCCUCCUCCUCCUCGGGCUUCCUCUACCGCCGGCUCAAGACGCAGGAGAAGCGGGAGAUGCAGAAGGAAAUCCUGUCGGUGCUGGGGCUCCCUCACCGGCCCCGGCCCGUGCACGGCCUCCAGCAGCCGCCGCCGCCUGCGCUCGCGCAGCAGCAGCCUCGCGGGGAGCCCCCGCCCGGGCGACUGAAGUCCGCGCCCCUCUUCAUGCUGGACCUGUACAACGCCCUGUCCGACGGCGAGGACGAGGACUGGCCGUCGGGCGCGGAGCGGCGGCAGCCCUGGCCCCGGAGAGGAGCCGGCGCGCCCCAGCCCGGGCCGCCGCCCCCCGGCGCCGCGCACCCCGUCCCCCGCAAGAGCCUCCUGGCCCCGGGACCCGGCGGCGGCGCGUCCCCGCUGGCCACCGCGCAGGACAGCGCCUUCCUCAGCGACGCGGACAUGGUCAUGAGCUUUGUGAACCUGGUGGAGUACGACAAGGAGUUCUCCCCUCGCCAGCGACACCACAAAGAGUUCAAGUUCAACUUAUCCCAGAUUCCUGAGGGUGAGGCGGUGACGGCUGCAGAGUUCCGAAUCUACAAGGACUGUGUUGUGGGGAGUUUUAAAAACCAAACUUUUCUUAUCAGCAUUUACCAAGUCUUGCAGGAGCAUCAGCACAGAGACUCCGACCUCUUCUUGCUGGACACCCGCGUGGUAUGGGCCUCAGAAGAAGGCUGGCUGGAGUUUGACAUCACAGCCACCAGCAAUCUGUGGGUCGUGACCCCACAGCACAACAUGGGGCUUCAGCUGAGCGUGGUGACUUGGGAUGGACUCAGCAUCAACCCCCGAGCUGCGGGCCUGGUGGGCAGAGACGGCCCGUACGACAAGCAGCCCUUCAUGGUGGCCUUCUUCAAAGUGAGCGAGGUCCACGUGCGCACCACGAGGUCAGCCAGCGGUCGGCGUCGCCAGCAGAGUCGCAACCGCUCCACCCAGGCCCAGGACGUGUCCCGGGCCUCCAGCGCUUCAGAUUACAACAGCAGUGAGCUAAAAACAGCCUGCAGGAAGCAUGAGCUUUAUGUGAGCUUCCAAGACCUGGGAUGGCAGGACUGGAUCAUUGCACCCAAGGGCUAUGCUGCCAAUUACUGUGAUGGAGAAUGCUCCUUCCCACUCAACGCACAUAUGAAUGCAACAAACCAUGCGAUCGUGCAGACACUGGUUCACCUUAUGAAUCCCGAGUACGUCCCUAAACCGUGCUGUGCGCCAACUAAACUAAAUGCCAUCUCGGUUCUUUACUUUGAUGACAACUCCAAUGUUAUCUUGAAGAAAUACAGGAAUAUGGUUGUGAGAGCUUGUGGAUGCCACUAACUUGAAACUGCCUGUUGGGGUCAGAGGUCCUGCCUUGGAUUCCUAGCUUAGCCCUGCCUUAAACAGCACUGACGUGUGUGGGAUGUGACAGUGGGACGAUGACUUUGAAACCCUCUCUUGCCGGUUGGUGCCUUAUUGCCCAAGGAAGACUUUGAAGGGCCUCAGUAAUGUCUUGCCCGUGUAGUAAAGAACGUGAGUAGUUGGUCUGUAGGCGGCUAUUUGAAUGGCUGUAGUAUGGAGUCUGGACAUUGCAGAAAUAUAACUUUGAAGGGUUCCUCUUCCCCCAUAAAAGCCCACCAAAAUUAGAGUUAGCUUUAUAUCAAGCUAUUUGUGGUAUUACUGAGUGAACAGGGAAAAUAAUUUUAAAGAAGUAAAAGUAUCCUUGGCUGAAGUAUCAGCCAAUUUAGAAUGUUUCUCAAAAACAGAUUUUACAGUUAACAGAAAUUGGGGGUGGGGGGAAUGCCUCUAUUCAAGGAUUUUGUUCCUGGGAAGGUCAAUUUCAUAUAAGAUCAACAGCCCAAGCCAUAAUCAGGGCCACGUGGAAGUGCCUUUUGUUUGGUAACUGCUGUCCAGUGUUUGUGCUGGCGUUCUGUUGGUGUGAAAAAAGAAUUAUUUCAGUUAAAACAAACCACGUGAUUUCCACACGCCAUUCCUCCCCCAUUUGCUGUUUUCCUUGCGAGUACCAUCAGCAGAACGUUGGUGCUGUGUGGGGAGCCACAGGGUGGAGAGUCUUCAGCGGCCCCCAAGGCACCCAGGUGACAGAUACAAGCAGUGCUGACCUCCUGCUGUUUGCAGGAGGGACUUCAGAAAGGCUGGCUCUCAUAUCCCAUCUACUUCAGUGAAACAGUUCUUUCCCUCUUACUGUACAGCCUUCCGUGUCACAGGCGAGAACCAACACAGGACAUAAACUGAGCAAGGGGCGCUGGCCUGUAGGAAUGGGUUUGGAAGGCCAUGCUGUUUAUGAAUCAAAAUCAGUUUUCUCUUGUAGAAAGUAAGACUCAGAUUAAAUCUUAGAGUAUUUUUUAAAUGUCUUUCUCACAAUCAUAUAGUAGGAAACCAAUUUCAUAUUAAACUGAUUAAAUAAUACAUUUAUGAUCUAUAACUGUUUGCACUUACAGCUUUUGUGUAAAUAUAAACUAUAAUUUAUUGUCUAUUUUAUAUCUGUUUUGCUGUAACAUUUAAGGAAAGACUAGACUUCUUUUUUUUUUUUAAAAAAAGAGUUUAUUUAGAAAGUAUCCGAGUGUAAACAAAUUGUACCACUUUGAUUUUCUUUCAAUACAAGACUCAUGAUGCAAAGCGGAAGCCACUCAUGAGGAUUGUGCUUCUCCUGAAAAGCUGGUUUUUUUUUAACAAGAACAUCUGUGACCCACACACAAUUAAUAAAGAUUUCCUUAAGGCA